AUGGUCCAUGUUCUGCACAUUUCCGCGAUUGACCGCAGCGACAGCCCAUCUGCGCUAUCCAGCUACUGCAGCUUACCCUGCAAUAAAUACAACAACGAUUCGGACCAAAGCCUGAACAAACGCAGAGUCGGCUCAAAAUCUAGUGCGCCAGCGCUUAUACAAGCUCCGGUUCCAUCGCCUUGCGACUUGACGGAUGUUUUCGCAUUUACAACGGGAUUCAGACGGAUCAGUAGGAUUCAUUACUCCAAGAAAGUCACCGCUCAACACGAUUGCCCCAUUGCACUCCUCAAUCUCUGUGCCGCUCUUGCCAGCGUCGUCAUCGACUCCAAGCCUCUGCCUGCCGAGGCUGUCAACCGUCUCAACGCCGACCUGGGAUCAGCCCGCGGCGGUGCCCUUGACCUUCCGGUGCCUACUGCGCCGGCUAAGCUUGCUGAUGUGCUCAGCCCUGACCAGUUCACUGUGAGCCUAAUUGUCGGCCACACGGCCGCCGUCACUUCGAUUCACGUCGAGGGAAGUAGUUCGCCUGUACCUGUCGGAGGCUGUAUUGACCCUGGCACUAUGGGCAACCUUACCCUGAUGUCAGAGGACUCGCAGGGCACGCUGGUUGCGCCUUGUGACUACCAUAGCAAUAUUGCCUUUAAUAAGGCUGGCGUCUACGCUAAUACUAGUAACAAUUCUCCUAUGGAGCUCAGCUUCAUAAACCAGAAUGGCAUCUACACCCCCGACAUCGACGUCAGCUACGUGCACGUGCACUUUUAG